CUUGCGUCAAACUAGAUAACAAACAUGACGCCACUUCCGGUAUAAGUGUGUCUGAACUUUCGCAUUUUCGGAGAUUUUAAAUUCCUAAUUAUCCAAUGUGUCGUUGCCAAACAUUCUGAUUAAUACACAAGGUCAACUAAUUCUACAAGCGAAUUAGUCGCUGUUUUCGUUGUAGACAUUAGCUAGCUAACUAGUAAGCGACGUACCGUAAGUAAAGAGUUAGUGAAUUCCAACAUUUGAGCUUUAGCGAUGAAGGAGGCUUUGACUCUUCUUCACAGACUGAACGCACAUCCAGAAUCUCGGUGCUGGUUCGUCUGUUGGAGUCCGAGUGGAACUCUGCUGGCCUCAUGUGGGGGCGACAAGACCAUCCGGAUCUGGGGACGAGAGGGCGAGUCGUGGGUAUGUAAGAGCGUGCUGGAGGACAGUCAUCAGCGCACCGUGAGGAAGGUGGCGUGGUCGCCAUGCGGGAAUUAUCUGGCCUCUGCUAGCUUUGAUGCCACCACAUGCAUUUGGAAAAAGAAAAAUGAAGAAUUUGAGAGCUUGACCGUGUUGGAGGGACAUGAAAGUGAGGUGAAAUGUGUGGCUUGGGCUCCUUCGGGGAACCUGCUGGCGACAUGCAGCCGGGACAAGAGCGUUUGGGUUUGGGAAGUGGACGAGGAGGACGACUACGAGUGUGUCACUGUUGUCAACUCUCACACACAAGACGUCAAACAUGUGGCGUGGCACCCCACACAAGAACUUCUGGCCUCAGCGAGCUACGACAACAACAUCUGCAUCUACAAAGAGGAGGACGACGACUGGGAGUGCAGGGCCACUCUGCAGGGCCACACGUCCACCGUGUGGAGUUUGUCCUUCAGCGCCACCGGCGAAAGGCUGGCGUCCUGCAGCGAUGAUCGCACUGUCAAGAUUUGGAAGGAGCAUCCGGCUGAAAGUGGUCAAGGAGACUUGUCAUGGAAGUGUGUCUGCACGCUCUCUGGAUAUCAUGCACGCACUGUGUAUGAUAUUGACUGGUGUUGUCUGACAGGUGCCCUGGCAACUGCUUGUGGCGACGACACGGUCCGAGUGUUUAAGGAGGAGGCGUCACCCGACCCAGACCAGCCGGUGUUCUCCCUGGCUGCACAGGUGCCCAAAGCUCACGAUCAGGACGUGAACUGUGUGGCAUGGAACCCUAAAGAAGCUGGACUGCUGGCCUCCUGUAGCGACAGCGGCGACAUUGCCAUCUGGACGUUCCAGGAGCAGGACUGAACAUGGCCAACCAACAAUAAUGGUGUAAAAAAGUUUAUUCAAUCUGAUACAGUUUCAGUUUCAAGAUGUUUAUAUAAAAAUAAAGUGACAACACAACUA